AUGGAGGUGCGAGUGAAUGGUCUGGCGGGGCAGCUUUGUUGCAUGCGCGGGCAGAGUGACUGGCGCGCCGGUGAUGUGAAGCGCGCCCUCGAGGCGAUCAGCUUUGAUUCGCUUAUCCUUGGCUGCAGCGAGCUGCAAGAUGACGACCUGUUGCAAGAUCCGGGUUGUGUGCGUGACGUGGAUUUGACCUUGGUCCGAAGGUCAGCGGCUCAUGCAGAGCUACUGCGGCUUGUCCGCCUUGGCACCCAGACCCUCAGCCGAAAGUGGCUGGCCCGCAUGCCUGAGGUCGUCCGAGGCGAUUCUGAGAUAGUUCGAGAGGUCUUGCGGAGGGAUGGUGUGGCGCUGGAGCAUGCCACGCUCGAGCUGAAGGCAAACCCUGAGAUAGUCUUGGAAGCAGUGCGCCGCAGUGGCUUCGCUUUAGAGUAUGCAGCAGCCCAGCUGCGCAACGACCGCGUCUUUGUUCUGAAAGCCGUUCAGGUGAAUGGCUUUGCGCUUGCGCGAGCAUCAGAAGCACUGCAGGCUGAUCCCGAGGUUGUUCUCGCAGCUAUCAGAGAAGAGGGUGCAGCGUUUGAGUAUGCAGCAGAUGAGCUGAAGAGUGAUGCUGACUUUGCUCUGGAUAUUGUCGCAACGGGAAGCACUGGAGUGCUAGAACACAUUGCGCAAGACCUUUGGGAAGACCCUUGCUUUGUGCUGGAAGCUGUGAAAAGGCUGCCCUCAGCUUUGGAAUACGCACAAGCGGAUAUCCGGGGUGAGCCAACUUUUGUUUUGGAGGCCGUGAGCAAGAAGCCUGAGGCGCUACCUUUCGCAGCGAAGGAUCUGCUCGAGGACCCGGCAUUCCUUCUGAGAGCGAUCGCACGGAAUCCGGCUGCCCUUGCGCACGUGGAUGCGGACUUGGCUGUGGAACCUGCAUUUGUGUUGACGGCACUGCGGUGCAACGGUGAGGCCUUACGCUUCGUGGUCCCAACCCUCUUGAAAGAAGCCCGCUUCGCCCAGCAGGCUCUUGCGGCGGCUGGGCCCAAGGCCUUGAGUGGCAUGCCCGAUGAUUUUUGGCAGGACAGAGAUCUUGCUCAGGCUGCUUUGCGCUCUGACGAAGCCUCCGUACAAAGGGUGCCCAAGAAAUUCUGGGCAGACAGAGACUUCGUUCUCAAAGCAGUUCGCUGGCAGCCAUCGAUACUGAACAUGAUUGAACCGAACCUGUUGAAAGACAAGGCUUUCAUUCUUGCAGCCGUGCAACGCAACUCCCUGUGCAUCCGAUACGUGUCUGAGGAGUUGCUGAGAAACCAAAGCUUUGUAUUAGAAGCCGUGGAGGUGCAUGGUUCUGUGCUCAAGCAUCUUCCAAGUGAGAUGCGAACAGACCGGUCGUUGGUCCUGGCUGCUGUCCUCAAGACCGGUUUUGUGCUGGGCUUCGCAGAUGACGAGCUUCGUGCAGACAAGGGCUUUGUUCUGGAUGCCGUCAAAACGAAUGGCUACUGCUUGAUCGGUGCCCCUGAUGCAAUGCGGCAGGAUCGGGAUGUCGUGCUUGCCGCUGUCAGGCAGCAGGGGCAAGCGCUGGAGUUUGCAGCAGCUGAGCUUCGUGCUGACGCCGAGAUUGCACUUGCAGCCACUGAGACCUGCCCAGGUCCGUUUGUGCAUGUGGAAGCCUGCCUCUGGGCAGACCGAGACUUCGUACUGAAGGCUGCCAAACGGCAUGGCUGUGCCCUGAAACAUGCGGAUGACACAUUGCGACGAAAUCGAAUGUUCGUGCUUGCGGCCUUCGAGCUGAAUCCCGAGUGUCUCUGCUACGCGCAUCCAGAGCUUCAGUCUGAUAGGGGAUUUAUGAUUGAAUGCUUGAUGCUCAACCCAGAAGCUCUACCCUUUGUGCCUGCGGCCAUGCGCAUUGAUGUUUCGUUUGCGGCCGCGGCUGCAGCAACAAAUCCGCCUGCAUCGCAGACCGCGACCUUGUCUUGUGACGCACCCUCCCCGUCCUGGUGA